GCUGCGCGCUGUCAGCCCUGAGGACCUCCCAGCCCGCAGAGCUCGGGGGACUUUGGGGCCCGAGCGGCCCUGGCGUGCCGGGCCACCGCCACUGCACCGUUCCACUGGGCCGGGUAUGGGCACGGGCGACGGCGCGACACGAUGAGCGCCGGGGCCAGCCCGGUCCGCGCCUACGACUUCCUGCUCAAGUUCUUGCUGGUGGGCGACAGCGACGUGGGCAAGGGCGAGAUCCUGGCGAGCCUGCAGGACGGCACGGCAGAGUCCCCGUACGGCCACCCCGCAGGCAUCGACUACAAGACCACUACCAUCCUGCUGGACGGCCGGCGGGUAAAGCUGCAGCUCUGGGACACGUCGGGGCAGGGGAGGUUCUGUACCAUAUUCCGCUCCUACUCUCGGGGGGCACAGGGCGUGGUCCUGGUCUACGACAUCGCCAACCGCUGGGCCUUCGAUGGCCUCGGCCGGUGGAUCACAGAGGUCAACCAGCACGCCCCAGGGGUCCCCAAAAUCCUGGUGGGGAACCGCCUGCACCUGGCCUUCAAGCGGCAGGUCCCCACGGAGCAGGCCCAGGCCUACGCAGAGCGCCUGGGUGUGACCUUCUUCGAGGUCAGCCCGCUGUGCAAUUUCAACAUCACCGAGUCCUUCACGGAGCUGGCCAGGACCGUGCUGCUGCGGCACGGGAUGGACCGGCUCUGGAGGCCCAGCAAGGUUCUGAGCCUGCAGGACCUGUGCUGCCGGGCGGUGGUGUCCUGCACGCCUGUGCACCUGGUGGACAGGCUGCCACUGCCCGUGGCCCUGAGAGGCCACCUCAAGUCCUUCUCGAUGGCCAGCGGCCUGAACGCCCGGAUGAUGCACGGCCGCUCCUACUCGCUCACCACCUGCUCCGGCUGCAAGAGGACCAGCCUCCGCAAAGCCAAGGGGCCGCCCCCUCCCAGAGGCCCCCAGACGCCGCAGCAGAAACGGCUGCAGAGUCUCCUGAGGAGGAUGCGGGCGGGCUGCGGGGCCAGCAGAGGAGUGGGACAGCGGGGGACAGGAGGCUGCCGGCGUGAAGGGGACCGUGUGCUCAGGGCAAUGAGACGUGGCCGUCACGAUCAGGACGGGGCUCACCUGGCGAUCCUGCGUGGCCCUUCCCCGGCCUCUUGCUUUGGACCCGGGUUUAGAGAGAGGAGGUCAUGACCACAGGGCAACUGUUUUGGGGGCCACACUCUCAGCACACAAGUUCCGGGCCAGGGAGUAAACCCCCGCCACAGGUCCUUAACCCACUGCCCCACCAGGGAAUUCCACAAGGUUUUUCUUAAAAUAACUGCUUCUUUAUAGGAAUGGUGACGUGCAUGGGGUGAGUGCAAAUUCUAGGGAUUCCGAAGAGCAGGGAUGGAGGGGAAUUAGAAUCUUCAGCAUCACGAGGGGCCGCUCCAUAAACCUCUUUUUAACGUCAAGGCGCUGAUGUACAAAUGCCACAGGCCCGUUGGAGGUCAUGUACAGCGGGUCUGUCCAGCGUGUGCAGGAAACAGACUUGAUAAAGGUUUUGCUAUGUCAUUGACUACAUUUUGGUAUUAAUAAGUGAUUUACAUGCA